GAGCUCGUUUCCUUCUGUCCUCUAGAACUCAUCCAGUUGAGUUUGAGCCGCCAGCAUGGAGGCACUGAUCUACACAGUGCUGAUACUGCUGCACUUCACUGAGACCAGGGGCUUCCUGAUCGUGCACUCUAAACAAGGUGUCUGUCUGACGGUGCAGAACGGCACGGUGCUGCUGCGGAAAUGCGACUCGUCCAGCUCGUCUCAGAACUGGAGCUGGACGGCCGAGUUGAAGCUGGUUCACCCUCAGUCCUCUGGCUGCCUGUGGGCCAACCCCAGCAGCGCCCUCCCCAAGCACGCCCGCUUAGUGCGGCUGAAAGACUGCGGCAGCGCCCCCACAUGGAAAUGUUACGAUGAGCGCGGCACGUUCGGCCUGGCGCACUGGCCCAUGUUCCUGAAGAAGCAGGGACGGCGGGCUGUGAUCCAGCCCGAGCCGCGAUACUCGAGUUGGUACAUGAGGGGCUCGGACGGCCGGACGGCGCUGACAUCACUCUGUGAGGCUGCAGGUCCAUCUACAGCGUCCACAAACAGAACGACCAAACAGAUGACCACAGUGAGGAUCCCUGUUACAACUGGACAGACUGUGACCCACACUGGACGCACGGUCAGAACCAGAACCAAACGGACUGGCACUACAGGCACUGCUGGCACUACAGGCACUACAGGCAGUAUGAGCAGUAUGGGCACUGUGGGCACUACAGGCAGUAUGAGCACUACGGGCACUGUGGGCACUACGGGCACUGUGGGCACUACAGGCACUGUGGGCGCUACAGGCAGUAUGAGCACUACGGGCACUGUGGGCACUACAGGCAGUAUGAGCACUACAGGCACUGUGGGCACUACAGGCACUGUGGGCACUACAGGCAGUAUGAGCACUACAGGCACUGUGGGCACUACAGGCACUGUGGGCACUGUGGGCACUACAGGCAGUAUGAGCACUACAGGCACUGUGGGCACUACGGGCACUGUGGGCACUACAGGCACUGUGGGCACUACAGGCAGUAUGAGCACUAUGGGCACUGUGGGCACUCCUAGAACUACAGGCACUAAAGGCACUGCUGACACUACAGGCACCAUGAACACUACGGGCAUUAUGGGCACAGCUUGCACUACAGGUGAUGUAGGCACUACGGGCACAGCUGGCAUUACGGGCACUGUGGUCACUGUAGGCACCAGUGAAGCCACAGCCAUUAAUAAGGAGCUGUCAACUCACACAAACCAGGCUGAACCUCUCACCACAGGUCACAUGACCACAGACAGACAGGAAGCAGUCGUGGACGAGUUUGUCACGCAGCUCCCCCGUGAGACGAGGAAUGAGAUGAGUAAUGUCACACACACGAUCUCCACAAACGCCCACCAAACACACCAGGAUUUCCCGCACCGCGCAACCUCACACACGGCGGAUAUUACCCAUAACCCCAGAGUGAGCCGCGCCACGCAGACCGCAUCACUUCCUGUGACCACUGACCCUCAGACCUUGUCAGUCACAAACUCCUCCACUGCAGACACGCUCGCCUCCAGCGCUCCAUCCACAGCUUCAGCUCCGCCCCUCUCAGUGCCCGACGCUCAGACGCACCGUACAACCUCAACAGAGGCUGGAGGGGUGAAGGCAUCUGGCACGGCUUCACCGCUCACAGGCCGAGGAGCCUCAGUAACCAAACCAGCUGUGAACACAACUCACAUUACUCAAACAACUCAAAUCCCGGCUAGAUCCACCCCCAAAAUCACCACACACCACUCUGAAACCACCGCACCCGCUACCACACACCCCCAACCUCCGGACCCCACCACCACAGCCCCCACCACUACCGUCCCCACCACUACCCCCACCACCACAGCCCCCACCACUACAGCCCCCACCACCACAGCCCCCACCACUACAGCUCCCACCACCACAGCCCCCACCACAGCUCCCACCACUACAGCCCCCACCACCGUGUUCACCUCCACCACCUCUGCAACUACCACCACUAAUCCAACUACAACCACCACGACAACCACACAAACAACCACAACCGCACAAACAACCACAACUGCACAACCAACCACAACUUCCCCCCCAACCACUGCAGUAAUUCUGACUACUGCUCCAACUACAACUACUGCCUCCACAACAGCGCCCACUACUGCAGCCCCCAGCACUACGCCUCAGCUGGACACGACGGUGGUGAGGUGUGUGGUGAACCGAAGUGAAGUGGUAGCCGGGACGGAUCGGGCCGUGUUGAGUUUCUCUGGACCCGGAGAGCCGUGCGUGUUCAGCGUUCUGGAGGGAAGUGGCCGAUCAGCACACUGCAUAAACACCAACACCAACACCUUCACCUGCACACUGGAGCGCUUAACACCAGGAACGCUCUGCAGAGCAGAAAUCAUCUCCAGGACGGACGGAGAGCGCCUCAACAUCUCAUUCCAAACCGUCCCAGAGAAGCCAGCGAGGUUGGAGAUUGUUCCGGAUCAGUCGUCCAGUCCGGGUCUGCGGGUGAAGUGGCAGCGCUCCAGAGGCCGGGUGGACUGGUAUGAGCUGGUGCUGUCCGACACUGGCACAACCGUGGCUAAGAAGACCAGAGUGGAGGGCAGUGCCGAACCGCGCUCUGGCUUCACCAACCUCAUACCCGGAGCGCUCUACACACUCCGCCUAGAGGCCAAGAGUGGAAGCAAGACAUCCACAGCGCUCACAGGCACUGCGCUCCGUCGGCGUUUGGGAGUACAGUCACGUCCUGCGUCGUCUCUGACCUCACCCCCGGAAACCCUCUACAGCGUCACCGUGGUAACGGAGGCUGUUGAGAAGCAACGAAACACAAGCAAAGAGGUCCAGACAGCUCCGGCUCCUGUGAGCAGUCUGCUUUUGCAGAAUGAUGGAAGCGAGGUCACUCUGAAUGCCUCCUGGACUCCUGCAGUAGGCAGAGUGGACACUUACCUGGUCAAUUUAUCCUCCUCCUCCUCCUCCUUUGAACAUCAGUGGGUCACCCUCUACCCCAACACGUCCCACUGUCACUUCACCGGACUCACACCUGGACGAGCAUAUCAGGUGACUGUGAAGACCAGAAGUGGACAGCUCAGCUCUGAGGUCAGAGCGACAGGCAGGACAGUGCCUGGUAAAGUUGCUCAGCUGAAGUUGGUGGGUCUCAGUGAUCAGACCGCUCUGAAGGUGAUGUGGGCGCCCCCUAAAGGCGAGUGGCAGUACUACCACGUGCUACUGCUGAACGGCUCCUCUGUGCUGGUAAACCGUACGGCAGACAAGGCGGUGCUAGAGUUCCUGUUCUCCGGGUUGGACCUCGUGCCCGGCAGGCUUUACACGGCUGCGGUCACCGUGAUCAGCGGCUCACUGACCACCACGCAGUACUGCCACGGGAGUUUGGCACCUCGGUCAGUUCAGCAGCUGCAGGUGCGUCACAGUGAUAAGAGCUCUGUGCGGGUGCAGUGGCGCCCCCCGGUGGGAGAGUGGGAUGACUACACCGUCGUGCUGAGAGACGGAAAGGGAGAGGUGAAGAGGACAUCUCUGAGCAGAGAGAUGAAGGAAUGCAGCUUCAGUGACCUCACACCUGGACAGCAAUACACCAUCACCGUGGUAACGAACAGCGGAGAACUCAGCAGCUCCGCCUCCGUCACAGCGCGCACCUUGCCAGCAGGUGUUACUGGGCUGCAGGUGAGUAACAAGGGCUGGACGGACGCUCUGCAGGUGAGGUGGGAGAAAGCGGCGGGAAAAAUCGACUCGUAUCGCCUGCUGCUCAUCCACGACAGUGUCAUCAUCAAGAACGAGAGCGUUCCUGCAGACGCCACCUCCUACCACUUUCAGGCCCUGAGAUCUGGCGCCCUCUACAGGGUGGUGGUGACCACGGUGCGCAGCGGCACGUCGUCCAGGCAGACGGUGUCCGAGGGCCGGACGGUGCCUGCGGCAGUGCGGGAGGUGUCGGUCAGUAAUAAUGGGAGGAUGGACUUCCUCAGCGUGUCGUGGCGGCCGGCGCAGGGGGAGGUGGACAGUUACCUGGUGACUCUGAGUGACCGUGAGAGGAUCGUUCACACGCUGACUGUGUCCAGGUCCAGUCCAGAGUGCGUGUUCAAGUCUCUGGUGUCCGGACGGCUCUACAACAUCUCGAUCAGCUCCCGCAGCGGAAUGUACGAGAACCACACGGUGGUCCAGCAGAGAACGCAGCCGUCCACCGUUCUGACCCCGACGGCGACCCACAUGGCGCGGUACGACUCUCUGAAGGUGUACUGGCGCCACGCGGCCGGCGACUUCGACUACUACCAGGUGGCCAUCAAACACAACAACCUGUUCCACCAGAACCGGACAGUUCCAAGCUCUCAAAACGAGUGCGUGUUCAGCGGGCUGGUCCCGGGGCGACUCUACACCGUCAUCGUCAGCACCUGGAGCGGAACGUAUGAGUCCAGCGUCUCCACACAUGGACGCACCUUACCGGCGGCGGUGAGGAACCUGACGCUGGCCAGCCGCGGCACAGAGGAGCUGAAGGUCACCUGGACAUCGGCACCUGGAGAUGUGGAUCACUACGAGGUUCAGCUUCUCUUCAAUGACAUGAAGGUGCUUCCUCCGAUCACCUUGAGCGGCACCACCACCCACUACCUGCUCUCCUCCCUCACACCUGGACGACUCUACAAGAUCGUAGUGUCCACCUUCAGCGGACCCAACCUCAGCACACAGUUCAUCGAGGGCAGGACAGUUCCCAGUAAAGUGAAGAACAUCCACAUCAGUAAUGAGGGUCAGAGCAGCAGUGUGAAGGUCAGCUGGACGCCGGGUCAGGGUGAUGUGGACAGUUACUGCGUGUCCCUCUCCGGUCCGGGGCGGCCGCUGGACCUCCGGCCUGUCCCUAAACACGUUAACGAAAUUAACUUUGGCUCGCUGGAGCCCGGACAGCAGUACGACAUCACUGUCCAGUCCAUCAGCGGGUCACUCAUCAACAACAGCACCGCCACCGCACGCACAGUGCCCUCCAGUGUGGAGUCCCUGCAGGCUAAUGGGGGGGUGGGCGACUGCAGUGUAUUGGUGAGCUGGCGUGCAGGUUUGGGGGUCUGUGAUGGUUUCAGUGUGCAGCUGCAGGACGAGCGAGGUUCUGUGUUGGGGAGUAGCCUGAAGCCGCGGGACGAGCUCCAGCACGUCUUCACGCGCCUCACACCAGGGAAACAGUACCGCGUCAUCGUCCAGGCGGUCAGCGGGGGGGUGCAGAGUAAAGCGGCCACGGCGGAGACUCGGACUCGUCCAGCGUCUGUUCCUGACCUAUCCAUCCAGAGCAGCUCGUCCAGCAGCCUGGUUUUGUCCUGGUCAGUUCCGGAAGGGGAGUUUGAUGGGUUUGAGGUUCUCCUCUACACCAGCGUUGAGGUUCUGCAGGAUCGCCGGAGCGGGGGGGCCACCAUGCUGACCUGCUCCUUCCACAGCCUGACUGCUGGCACAGCCUACAGGGCGCUGGUUCUGACGCGCAGUGGACAGUACACAAACCAGUCCUCCAUCUGGACCAGGACAGUCCCGGCGGCGGUGCCAAUGCUGCUGGUGGAGAGCAGGAACAGUACGGGCACUCUGUGGAUCAGCUGGCAGGGGGCGGAGGGCGAGGUCAGCGGAUACACUCUGGCGCUCUUCAACCCUGAUCAAUCCCAGCAGGCUGAGCAGAGCCUGAGGGCGGAGAGCAGAGGCCACGCCUUCACCGGCCUGGUCCCCGGGCGCCUCUACACUGCCGUCGUCCGCACACAGAGCGGAGAUCUCACCAACAUGGCAACAACCAAAGGCAGGACAAACCCAAAGCCGCCCUUAUCUUUCACCUAUGGAGGAGUCACCAACACGUCCGUGGAGAUGACGUGGAGCGCUCCGGAGGGGACGGAUUAUGAUGAUUUUGACCUGCAGUGGACCCCCAGUGACCAACUGUCUGUGUUUAACCCGUACCACAGCCGCACGUCUGGCAGCAGGCUGCUGAAGGGCCUGUACCCCGGCCGGCUGUACCACUUCAGCCUGCGCACCAUCAGCAGCUCCGGAGGACAGCCAGCCUAUAGCCAGCCCAUCUACAAGAGCAUCCGCACCAAGCCUCGGAGGAUUCAGAGUCUGCACUGUCGGCCCCAGAGCUCCACCGCUAUCUCCUGCUCGUGGAGCCGCCCGGAGACCGACUUCGACUCCUACACCGUCGAGUGUUCUCGGCAGGACUCCCCUGCGCUGGUGUAUUCUCAGAGAACGGCGCGAAACACCACGCAGUACCACAUCACCGAGCUGGAGCCGCACAGACGCUACAGCAUCUCCGUCAAAGUCAUCUCCGACACCAUGACCAGUGAGGCCGCCGAGGACAGCGUGGUCACCAUGAUUGACCGACCCCCACUGCCCCCCCUGUCCACUCGAGUCAACGAGGCGACGGCGAACAUCACCAGCAAGUCCACCAUCGACUUCCGGUUCAACUGCAGCUGGUUCAGCGACGUCAAUGGAGCCGUGAAAUUUUUCACCAUCGUCGUGGCUGAGUCUGACGACAGUAAAGACCUUCAGCCGGAACAGCGCCACCCGCUGCCCUCUUACUGGGACUACAGAAGCAACAGCUCCAUAAAGGUGUAUCAGACUGGCUAUUUCCGUAGUGAUUGCGGCGAGGGUCCCGAGAGCGCCACCCAGGAGUUCGACAUCGCUCUGGGCUCAGGCAUGGACAUCCUUGGGGGCAGCUGUGACAGUCAACUCAGUAAAGAUGGGACCAGAGAUCAGCAUGAGUUCUGCGACGGGCCGCUCAAACCCAGGACUGCAUACAGGUUGAGUGUUCGGGCAUUUACGCAGCUGUUUGAUGAGAACCGUGUUGAGUUUUCAUCUCCUCUCUUCACUGAUACCUUCCUGUCUUUGCCUUUAAUCACACACACAGAGCCUGUAGGGGGCAUUAUUGAGGGAGUGAGUGCCGGACUGUUCCUGAUUGUUUCGGUUGUGGGGGUCAGUGUGCUGCUGAUCUGCAGACAGAAAGCUCAUAAAGUUGUGCAGGAGCCUGUGGUGCGGAUGAGUGUGAGGAGAGAGAGAUCAAACCAUACAGGACCGCACUCUGCCAUCAGGGGGAAUCGUCGAAUCUCCAGCCCAAUCAAACUCCUGCAGUUCGAGGCGCAUCUCACUAAACUACAGGCCGACUCCAACUACCUGCUCUCACAGGAGUAUGAGGACCUGAAGGACGUUGGCCGUAACCAGCCACUGGACACAGCGUUACUGCCGGAGAACCGCGGGAAAAACCGCUACAAUAACAUCCUGCCCUAUGAUUCCACCCGGGUGAAGCUCUCCUACGUGGACGAUGACCCCUGUUCAGAUUACAUCAACGCCAGCUACAUUCCUGGGAACAACUUCAGGAGGGAGUAUAUCGCCACCCAGGGGCCACUGCCUGGCACCAAGGACGACUUCUGGAAGAUGGCAUGGGAGCAGAACGUCCAUAACGUGGUCAUGGUGACGCAGUGUGUGGAGAAAGGGAGGGUGAAGUGUGAUCACUACUGGCCGUUUGAUCAGGACUCGCUGUACUAUGGAGAUCUCAUCGUCCAAAUGCUGUCCGAGUCCGUUCUCCCAGAGUGGACCAUCCGGGAAUUCAAAAUCUGCAGCGAAGAGCAGCUGAACUUCUCCAGAAUCGUGCGUCAGUUUCACUACACGGUGUGGCCGGACCACGGGGUCCCGGAGACCACCCAGUCUCUGAUCCAGUUUGUGCGGACUGUACGCGAUUACAUCAACAGGACCCCCGGCUCCGGACCCACUGUGGUCCACUGUAGUGCCGGAGUGGGUCGCACCGGAACCUUUAUCGCGCUGGACCGGGUCCUUCAGCAGCUGGACACUAAAGAUACAGUGGACAUUUAUGGAGCUGUGUUUGACAUGCGGCUCCACCGCUCUCAUAUGGUUCAGACAGAGAGUCAGUACACCUACCUGCACCAGUGUGUUCGAGAUGUGCUUCGUGCACGAAAGUUGCGUAAUGAGCAGGAGAACCCUCUGUAUCCCCUCUACGAGAACGUGUCUUCAGAUUACCACCGAGAUGCUGUGUACAGUCGCCGUUAGAGACCGUGUGGAAUGAAGGAUGAAGAGAUCCACCGUAUCCCUGUGGAGCUUUAUUUUUAUAAAGUAUUUAUAGUGUUUUAUAAAUGCUUUUCAGCUGUGUAUAAUGUGUAUAUAUAUUAGUAUAAAUGCAGUAUAAUAUGUAAAUAUGUCACUUCAUCCAGAAAUCCUGUUUAUUUUUUGCAUAAGCUACUGUACAAGACCAUUUGAAUGUUGUGCGCUUUAUCUCAUAUGAAACACUGAAAUGUUUUUAUUUUGUAUUAUUUUUCCGUUGAUUUUUAUGUAAUAAUAUAUAAUGAUGCAUCAUCUCCACAGUAACGCUCACCAUUAGUAACACUGUUAGCGUAAUGGAAUAGUAGCUACAAUGAACCAGUUAAAAAUCUUAAAACACCGUAAUAUAAACAGUUUAUACUGACAAUUAAUUUGCACAUGUGAUCACAGGUUGUAUCAGUGCCAGUAAUUUACUAAUAUAAUGUACAUAAUCAAAUAUUAUUAAAGUAUAUCAGAUUUUUUAUAGAUCAUAUAUAACUUUAUGCCUUAAUAAUUAAUUGUACAAUAACAGUAUAAAUGGUUUAUGAAUUGAA